UAAAGAGGAGGCGGAGUUGUGCUGCUCAGUGUGUGCAGAGUCUCUGACAGCAGAGAGUGGUGGUUCGGAUGCAGGAUGUUGGUGGAUCGGGACCGGGACCGGGCAGCUCUGUUCGUGUACAAGUUGUAAACUAGACGAGAAGUGGACCUGUGACCAGUGAAAAGUGACUCACAUCAACAACGUUUUAUUCCAGAGUCAUGCUCCUGUUGAUCUGGGUGUUAUCUGCUCUCAUUUCAUGCGACGAUGGCAAAGCGAGCGGAGAGUCCACUCCGAGAGGACAGCCUCUGCAUAGCAACCAGGGACUCCUCUCAGACUCAGACCGGGACCACAUGAGACCAGGAGAGCCUGUCCAGCUCCGACAGCAUCAGCCCGGUUCCUCCGCAGAUUCUGCUUUUAACCUAAAGGUCCAGGUAAACGAUGUGCUGAGUCGUCAGUACCUGAGCCAGGCGGUGGUGGAGGUCUACAUCAACUACACCAGGACCAACACAGCUCUUACUGGAAAGGAUGGCGGUGUUUUGCUUCAUGUACCUUACCAAACUGGGAAGCCAAUCGCAAUUGUGGCCAGCAAGGAUGGCUACAUUUGCACACUGCUGCCUUGUAAAACCAACCGAAUGCCAAUAUUUUCGUCUGUGACCGUGUCCCUACUUGGUCUGAAUCAGGGGAACAUCUGGCUCUUUGAUGACUCCGUCCUGAUCACUGGCAAAACAUCUGAUGCUGCGUCACUUCCUAGUGUCAAGUUUCCCAAGAGCCUGCUGAAUCUGACAGACAGCAGUAAUGCCACCUCUGUUAGAGCCUACCUGACCAUGCCCAAGCUGCCGUCAGAGGAGGACAGCUUUUUUAACACUUUGGGCAUCAUGAGCAGCAAACCAGGAUACGUCAGUGUGGCAUUGAGUCCGUUGGCGGCUGUCAGUGUGCAGCUCUUCUCAGGACACACACAGUUACAUGUGAGUGGGCCCAUACAGAUCAACCUCAGCAUCCCUGACAGCUGUGGACUUCAGGCCUCCAAUGUUGUCCCGGCAUGGUUCUUCAACCGGACCACUGGUGGAUGGAUGAGAAAGGGGCUAGGGACAGUGGUGUCAGUAGGAGGGAAACUCAUGUGGACAUUCACAGCUCCUCACCUUGGCUACUGGAUUGCAGCACCUUUGUCAUCCACCAGAGGUUUCUUUGGACUUGCCAUCCCCAUUGACUUCAUCUUACACCAUUCACCUCUCCUGAUGGUUAUCCUCGGAGGAAUGCUUGUUAUUGUCAUCUGUCUCCUGGUUGGGUUAUUGUUUUAUUGCAGACGUCCACUCAGUGAAACUAAAACAAAGAAGAUCCGACCAGCGAUGAGAAAAGACCAAACCACCUCCACAUGUGACGAUGAAGUUUUGGAACUAUCUUCAGUGGACUCCUCUCAUCUUCAGGAUGGACUGAACCAAUUAAUCGCAGAAAGAGGGGCUAAUCGGCACAAUGCCUCUGUUAUUUCUAUGCACAAUGGCAAUUUAAUAGCCAACCCCAAUGCUGUGGCCAUUAGGGUGGAGUGUAAUGAACUGGAACUUAACAGUGACCUUAAUGAUCUGAUGUGUUUGCAUGAAACUACAGAUCGGAUCGGAGUUCCGGCCUCUCUGACAGAGAAUUUGUUUUUCUACAACCAGCCUGUUGCCAUUUUUCACGCUCCAGCAUUCUUCCACUUGGAGGAGCAGCCAGAGCUGCCCCAGUGGAGCAAAUCGGCCACUCUUCCCCGUGCGGGGGCUGCCGCUGAUCCGCUGAGUAAAGACGGCUUCACACAGACUCUGCCAAAAGGUCCCUCUGCCACCCAGAACCAGGCAGUGGAAGGUGAGGACCAGCUCGGGGUUCUAGAGGGCUCUCAGGCAGCAGCGUCCACCAACACAUCCAGGGGUCACUUCAGCCUCCCAGAGUCAGCGUCGGUCCCAGGAACGCUGAAUAAAAUCAGGGGCGGCGGCAGACACUCGGUGCAUGCCUUGGCAGAACUUUCUAAAAUCCCCUCGAAUCAGCCUCCCCGGGCCUGGUUUGUAUCACUGGAGGGCAAACCUGCAGCUGAGAUCCAUUACGCAGUGUCAGAGCAGCAGAGGCGAAGAAGGCCGGUCGAGAGUCGAGAAACCAGCUUAGACUCAGGAGUGGAUAUGAGCGAACUGAACCAGACGCCUGGAAGGAGGGCUGUAACGCUGGAGCGCAAUGCUACUUUUGUCAAAAGCCCAUCCAGCAAUAAACAUGCCCCUCCACAGUAAAAACUCUUAACGCCUCCAUGCCUACAGCCCUCUAAGUUUGUUUAACCAGCAUCGGUUCCAUCUAUGACACGUAACUUAUUUACCAUAUAGCUUAAUUUUUUACAUUUUUUACAUUAAUGUUAAAGGUAUGAUAUGUAAAAGUUGUCAGUUUCUGUUUGUAAACACACAGAAUUCAAAGUUGGCCACACCUCCACAGCUCAACUAGCCAAGAGAGAGAGCGAGCUAUAGAGUGACUGAAGAGAGAGAGCGGCGUUAGUGAGAACAAAGCAGUGAAUCAGAGAAAUAAAAUGUUAUUUUCUGAUUGUUUACCGGCGCUUACGUUCUAAAACACAAAUAAACACACUACUAACUCCGCACAAUACUGUGGGAAAGAACCAAGCGUGUGGCUCAGCGCUGCUCCCGGUCAAACUACUGACACACACAGAUCAUAGCAGCAAACACAAACUACUGACACACACAGAUCAUAGCAGAAAACACAAACUACUGACACACACAGAUCAUAGCAGCAAACACAAACUACUGACACACAGAUCAUAGCAGCAAACACAAACUACUGAAACACACAGAUCAUAGCAGCACACACAAACUACUGACACACACAGAUCAUAGCAGCACACACAAACUACUGACACACAGAUCAUAGCAGCACACACAAACUACUGACACACACAGAUCAUAGCAGCAAACACAAACUACUGACACACACAGAUCAUAGCAGCAAACACAAACUACUGACACACACAGAUCAUAGCAGCACUUACACACAGCAGAUGAGAGGCAGAGGAGCCGGGGAUCACUGGAACACAUGCACCUAACACAACCCAUUAUCAUCCGGGAAAAACGGACGUUUUGUAUCUGACAAUGCAAAUGGACUUGUGCCUUGAUAUCAGAAGCCAAGAGGCGUGACAAAGCAGUGAUAUUUGACCACCUGAACGGGCUGCACACCCUGUGGUGAUGUUAUUGGCUGGGGGUUACACCCACAUGUGGGGCCCAAAGGCUGUUUGCAGACGCCCAGAAGCAUCCCGAGUACAGCAAAAUCAGAAAAAGAGAAAAUCCAGGCAGAGGGCUGCAAGGUGUCUGCAGAAACAGACACCACCACACACUUCUGGUGGGACAGAAGUGAUGAUUGAGAGGGAUUAUUUUUGUAUCAGUCUAUACAUUGUUAUUUAGGAAAUUCUUGCAUGUUAUACCUUUAAUGCACCAAUCCAAGUUGGGGGUAGGGGCCAGUUUCUCCCAUCAGAUCCCACACAGUCUGUGUUGUAACUGUUGCAUGUACAAAGUGUAAACAGUCCGAAGCAGAGCAUGUGGAUUUAGCAGUUGCUUUCUUUUUUUUUUUUAAAUAAAAGUUGUCUAGUUGCCCUAUUUGUCUGCCUCCAACGUGACAAAGACAGCAUGUGAUUGAGAUUAAUCAGGUCAAACCCUGCCAUGAUGAACACCUCCAGAUUAAUUACUUAGACUACCAUAGCUCACUGAACAUGACUGAAUGUUUGUUAUUUUAACACCUUCAUUUGAUUUCCCUUUGUGCAUAAUUGUUUGUGCAUGUUUUGUGUAUAUUGUCAUGAAGUGAAUCAUUUCAUUAUAUUUUAAUAAAUAAAAACAACUGACCUUG